CUGGCCGCCCGGCGGCGCCUCGCGGGCCUCGCGGGCCUUGCGGGUCGUCCCUCCACUCUGUCUCUGUCUCUCUGGACGCCGACGCCGGCGAGACUGACACACACGCUGAGGUUACUUAAAGCGUCGCGUGUCGGUACGUCCCGGCAGAGCGUCCCUCCGAGGCGAACAGCGAACACGAGCAGAGCAUGGAGCACCGACAGACAGUCCUGGUGGCGCUGCUGGCGGCGCUGCUAGCGAUCAGCUGCGAGGCCAGCGAGCCCUUCGACCCGCACCCGCAGUACGACUUCUCGUACGCCGUGAGCGACGCGUUGACGGGCGACUCCAAGACGCAGCGCGAGCAGCGCGUCGGCGACCAGGUCGUGGGUCACUACUCGCUGGUGGAGCCUGACGGCAACGUGCGGACCGUCAAGUACACGGCUGACGCCGUCCACGGCUUCAACGCCGUGGUGGAGCGGACACCGGGCCUCGCCCCCGGCGUGGGCUUGGUGGCCGCGGUGCCCGCCGUCGUGGCGGUGACGCCACCCGCCCCGCAGGUUGUGCACGCCGGUGAUCCGGACACCAUCAGCAUCAACAGCGCGCUGCCCGACAUCGACGUCAGGGUGGAAGGGCCACCCCAGGCCCAGGGCCGCGUCGGACUUGCCGGCCUCGGACUCGCCGGGCCCCAGCAGGCAGCUGCACGUGCACGCGCCCUCGAGGCUGCCGGCAUCAGCCCGUCGACGGGCACGUCUGGGACGAGGUACGCAGCCGGGCCGUUCCAGGCCGCGACCGUCUACGCCACCGGUGCCGGGGGAGGAUACUCGACGGCCCUCCCGGCUGGCGCGGGCCUUUCCGCCGGAUACCCUGGCCCUGCAGUCGGGUACCCCGGUGCGUUCCCGGGCGGUGCAGGAUACCAGUCUGGGGCAGGGUACUCGGCCGCCUACCCAGGUCCGGCAGGUUACCCGUCGUCUGUCGGAGGAUAUGCCUUACCUGGACAAUACAACUCUGGCUUUGGCAGCAGCCUGAACCCCUCGCUGCUUGGGCAGAGGGGCCUGGCUGGCCUGUCGAGCGGUGGCUACAAUGGCGGCUAUACUGGCAGCUACAACGGCGGCUACAACGGCGGCUACAACGGCGGCUACAACGGCGGCUACACCGGCGGGAGCCAGGUAAACCAGCAGCAGCUGUUACAGCUGCAGCAACGGGAGCAGCAGCUGCGUCUACAGGGCUACGGUGGCGUGGCGACCCCCGGUCUUUACGGCAGCAGUCCCAUCGGAGGAGCCUACAAUGCCUACGGCGGCGGGCUGCAGAGCCCAAACAGUCUGUACGCCAACGGCGGCCUCCUAGGAUACGGCGCACAGCAGCAGUCAGCGCGUGGCUUCAACGGCGUACAGAGCUACAGCGGCCUGCAGGGCUACAACGGCCUGCAGGGCUACAAUGGCCUGCAGGGCUUCAAUGGCGUGCAGGGCUACAACGGCCUGCAGGACUACAAUGGCCUCCAGGGCUACAACGGGGUGCAGGGCUACAGCAGCCUACAGGCGAAUAACGGUCUGCGGAGCUAUCAGCAGCAAGCCCAGCAGGCCCAGCAGGGCUACAACUUCCAGGGGUACCAGCCGCUGUCGCGGGGCGUGGGCUUCAACUUCCGGGGCUACCAACCUACGGCAGCGCAGCAGCAGGCAUCUGUGGGGGUGCAGCAGGGUGUCGUCGGCUCCAGGUCCGCCAACCCCUCAGUGGCGCGCAGCUUGGGUGGUUACGCUCCGGGCUACGCCCAGGGCUACGCUCAGGGCUACCCAACUUAUGGACUUGCUGACAGCCUUAGCGCCAGCCUGAGUGGCCUCAGCCCGCACCAGCAGCGGUCUCUCGGCAUCGUACCCCAGGAAAAUCACUCGGCCCCACCCUACCCUUGAGAAUGUGCUUUGGUGGGAAAGAGCGAUUUUAAAAAUCUGCUGAUUCUGUUGACUAUGUUUCCUGUUGGCAAGUAUGCCACGCCAGGUCCUGUACUGAUGAAUGUAAAUUUGUUACUGAAAAUGACGAAUAAAAUGUGAUAUGAUGUCUUGUCCACUCUGUA